UCAGUGUUCGAUGGUCUUCAGCACCAUUCGGAUGAGUUCUCCCUGAUUCAAAUCUGUGACUCUUGUGGAUGGUUUCUUGAACUUGUUUCCUUAUUGUUAUUUUUUUUGUGUUUUUGUGUCAUUGAAUAUUUUUUUCUGUUUAAAAAAAAAGAACUUUUGGUGGUUUGGAGGAGUUUUUUGGAAAUUUCAAAAAUUAUAAAUUAAUUUUUUUGUGACGAUUGCAAGAUUUACCAAGAUGAUGAGCUACAGAGAUUUGCUUGGAUUAAUUUGUGGAAUACUUUUCACAUAUGUCCAGGUGACCCAGGCUCAAGGGUACUACGGAAUUAAGAUUGGAGCUCUGUCUCAGCUACAUCAUGGAGUUUCUGGGGAUGUCUAUGCUGUGGAUGCCAGGACGAUUUUCCUAAAGAAUUUCAAUUACGAUGGGGAAGGACCAACUGCCUAUUUUUACGUUGGCAACUCAAGACGUCCCACGAAUGCCGGUGCUUGGCGUCUGAGGGAUGAGCGUGGAAGCACAGGAGUCCUCAGGCGAUACCGGAAUAAGGACAUUACCCUGUCUCUUCCGGAAGGCAAAACCUUACGUGACAUCAAAUGGUUUUCCGUGUGGUGUGAUGAAUUUGCCGUCAAUUUUGGCGAUGUCACCAUUCCGAAGAAUUUGGAAUUUCCGCGCCCUCAGAAAAUAGCUCCACUCUCCGGAGUUCAUGGAGUAUCGUCGGACAAUGUUGUUAUUGUCGAUGCCCAGACACUUCUCGUGCCCAAUUUUAGCUACGAUGGCGAAGCGCCAGACGCCAAAUUCUGGGUGGGUCGUGGGGCGAAACCUUCUCCACAUGGCAUAAGGAUUCCCGAUGAGAAUGGGAAGGAAACCCCGUUGAGGAAGUACGACAGGAAAACGAUUGUUCUCACGCUUCCAGCUGAACUCACAGUCUUCGAUAUUGGGCACUUUGGGGUAUGGUGUGAGGCCUUCACAGUGGACUUUGGCCACGUCAGGAUACCCGAGGGCAUCGUGGUGCCACCCUCACUCAAGAUGCUGGGUGUGAGUCCUCAGUCAAAACUGAAUUGUGAAGUGCUUUUCGAUGAUUUGGCUUUCGAAGUGAGGUGGGCUGUUGCGGGCGAAAGUGUUGUAGUGCAAUUGGUGGCGAAACUUGAUAACAACGAGUACAUGUCUUUCGGCGUGUCUCCUGACCCCAAGAAGACUGUCAUGGUAGGGGCUGAUGUUGCCGUGGCAUGGGUUGAUAAGCUCACAGGCAAGGGCUACGCAUUCGAUUACUUCCUGGACGAUAAGUCUCAGUGUUCGGGUCAGAGGGGAAGCUGUCCAGACGCUAGGAUCAAUGAAAAUACAAACUCGAUCAGGCUCCUUAAUGCAGCCAUGGUCAACGGUUAUUCAAUCGUAACCUUCCAAAGACCGCUUAAGGCUUCAGAUUCCCUGGACUUACCGAUCUUUACCAAUGGAUCUCAGGCUAUUGUUUGGGCUAUUGGACCUUUGAAUCAACGCUACGAGGUAUCGUUCCAUAGCCAAUAUACCAAAGGCAACCGCUUGAUUGACUUUGGCAGACAACCCAUCUGGAAUUGUCCGACUCCAGACGGUGAUGGCAAAAGUGAGGAAGAGGCAUCAGUUGAAGAAGAAUACUAUGAUAGACGUCCAGUAAAUCGACGUCCCGAACCUCAACAGAUCGUUCAGGAACAUCAGCCUAAUCGUCGCCAAGAAAUCAUUGAGGCCCCUAGGCCUGUUCCAACACCAAGGCCAGCUAACAAGAAUGGAGCCUGGGACAUCCCUCCAAUCCAGUGUUAUGAACCAGAAGAUGGAGUAUUCUAUGCUCAAAUGGGUCCUACAGGAGGGAAACAAGGAUACCCAGCCAUUACUGGGCAUGUUGGAUGGGGUAUAUCUUGGUACAUCAAUGGACUUUUAAUCCCCGAGAUAAAUGUCGUGAGAGGAAAGACGUAUACUUUCGUGGUUGAAGGAGGAUUUGAUCCUGAAAUCCCAGCCAAGUACCAUCCAUUCUACAUCACUGAUGAUCCAGUUGGAGGCUUUGAGUAUAAAACUCCGGAAGAAAAGGCUAACGUCAGGAUAUUUGCUGGAGUACAUCGAUCCAGGAACGGUGUGAUUACACCAAUCGGAGUCGGAAGACUCUGCAAUUGGACCCCAGAUAUCGAUGGACCUGGGGCUGACGAGUACUCAUCCUUCGGAGCCUACCAGAGAAGCUUAACCCUAAAGUGUGACGAAGGAGAACCUGGAAUAAUCACAUGGACUCCCGAUGAUAAUACCCCAGAUACCGUUUACUAUCAAUGCUUCACUCAUCGAUACUUAGGAUGGAAGAUCAAUGUCCUGGAUACUUGCGAUGAAGCACAUCCGAGUGAGAUUGAUGAAGUUUAUGCUAGCCCAGAGUCCAGUGAGGGAAUUGAGGCUGAGUCCUCGAUAAGGCACGAAACAAAACUGAGACCAACGGACAACUUUCUCUUUCAGCAUGAUUCCGACUUGAUUAAAAACCAUAACAUGAACAGCUCCCCACCCAAAAUCCAGUUUGAAGUUCCCGGUAGCAGUGACAUCACCAAACUCAUCUCAGAUGGCAUCCGUGCAGCUGAGUUGCUAGAGGAAGAGAUUGCCCGACCCAAUAGAACCACAACUACCCAAGCCCCACCCCCGAGCGCCGAGAGCAUGAACGAAGGAGAGGAGUUCCCCAUGCAGCCAAGACCAAAGCAACCCGAGAUUAAGGUUCCUUCGCCGCAUUUCAUGCAACCAAGUCCCGGUCCGGGACUUCCUGUAUUCCUUAGACCUCCUCAAAACGGACAGUUCUUUAGGCCAGCUAAAGUUCCAAUGAGGAGAAACCCAUCCUACACCUUCGAAAGGAGACCUAUUGUAAGACCCUACAGACCCUUUGCUAUACCACAACCUUCGAUGCUUGUUAGUCACUACCAGAAACCUGUAGCUCCAGCUUUCUUAAGGCCUUUUGUUAAAGUUAAACAAGUUCCGAUUAAGCCCCUAGCAACGGUUCUGUUGCUUGGAGAGCCAACUGAAAUUAAACCACUACGUCAGGUACCUGAGAAGAAAAUCCAGAAUACACCGCUGAGGAUCCCCUAUUUGGACGGUAUUCCUAUGAAUAUCAAGAAAAGCGACUAUCCAAUGGGUAAGCCCAUGUUGACGUCAAAGCUUCCUCCAGCUAUUGCAGCUGGGAUCAAGGAACCAAUCCUCCCAGAGAAGAAAUAUCCUUCUGCGAUUAAAUAUUCAGUAGCUAUCGAUUCAAAGGAGUUGCAAUCGACAUACAAACCUGCAACAAAUACUGGUUUUCAGCCAGAAAAGGUUGUCGUUGAGGGGGGCUUCAAGCCUAUUCUGAAACGGAGAAAAGACGAAGAAUCCGUUGAAGAGAUUGAAGAAAAGGCCCCAUUAAGGAGAGUUGAUAUAUUGUCAGAAAUUGAUGAAGCUAUUGAAGGAGAUGCUCUGUUUAUCAAUCAGGAUGAACCUAACAGAGCCUUUGAACCUAUGUUCAUCCCAUCUCCUCCGGAUAGUGUCGAUGACGUCCCUCCAGAUGCUCCAGACACUUCUUCAGCAUCGCCAGCUACUCCAAAUCCAACUGAGGAGAUGAAUGAUUUGGCUGAUAUGGACUUUGAAGAAGGCGAGGACAAGAUGGCAGUUGCUGCCGAAAGGUUCGAUACCUACUACCUUCCUCCAGAUAACAAGAAGCAUCGACCGCAGAAGUAUCCUGAGGGAGCGGUUGUCGCUUUCGAUGGCAAAGCUGUUCUUGAUACUUCGCUCAUCAACUCAGCCCCCACGAACGAAGUCAAGCAACCAUUCUACAAUUCUGGACUCUCAAAAACCGAACAAUUGCUCAGCACUCCACAGUUCGGACCUUUUCGUGGGGAAGUCCCUCUUCAGUUCAAAUCCAACGAUCCUCGUCCUUCAGCCCCUGUUACUGAAUACUCCAAUCCACUGACGAACAGUGCUGCUCCAAUUUCCACAAAACUGACCCUUUUGAGGUCUGAUGAUUCACAGAUCAACGAUGAAACAGGCUGAAGAUAGGUAUUCUGACUAACGUUUCCUAAUUUUCCUCUAGUUAGCUGAACUGCCUCUUCGAAGCACACGAAACUGCCAGAUCUGCUUUAAUAUUUUCUCUCAAAACCACACUUUUUUCUAAACUUUGAGGUUUUUAUUGAGCCCCAUGCAAAAAAUACUCAUUACUAAGGGGUUGUUCCAUCAAGUUAAUCAAGAAGAAAUUUUAUGAAGAAUGUUCUGUAAAAAUUUGUACAAUGUACAAUUCAAAAUAAAGGUGUUAUAGAAAA